AUGGCAGCUGAAAGUAUUCCUCCUGUGGGUUUUGGUUUGCUGGGCUUUACCUGGCGAGCAAAGCAAGUCCCAGACGAGCAGGCCUUCAGCGCAAUGAAAGCUGCAAUCAACAAUGGCGCAACCAUGUGGUCCUCUUCGACUGUGUAUGGUCUACCCCCGGAACCACCGACGGCCGGCCUGUGGCUGUUGCGGCGCUACUUCGAGAAGUACCCCGAGGACGCAUCCAAGGUGACGCUCUUUAUUCGGGGCUGCAUAGACUUUGAAAACAGCGUGAUGAAAUGCACACGCGAGGGCGUUCGAGCCAGCUGGGAAGAGGCUGACAGGAUCCUCGGCGGCGUCAAGACGAUCGAUUGUUUUGGCCCUGCGCGCAUGGACCAGAAUGUCCCUGUGGAGGAGACGAUUGGCGCCCUCAAGGAGCUGAUGGACGAGGGCAAGAUCGGGAGCGUGGGCCUGUCUGAGGUGCGAGCUGAGACGAUCAGGCGGGCGUCUGCUGUCUGCCCGAUCAGGUUUGCCGAGAUCGAGUUCUCGCUGUGGAGCACCGACAUGCUCCAUAAUGGUGUCGCCCAGGCUGCCAAAGAGUGUAAUGUGAUCUUGUGGUGCUAUGCGCCGCUGGGCUAUGGCUUCCUCACGGGGGCCAUCAAGAAGUUCGAGGACAUUCCUGAAGGGGACGGGCGCCGCGCCGUCGGUCGUUUCCAGCCAGAGAAUUUCUCCAAGAAUGUUGAGCUGGUCGACAAGCUCACCGAGUUUGCCCGUCAAAAGGGAGUCACACCUGCACAGCUUGCGCUCGCGUGGAUCCGUGCAAACUCCAACACUGGUGUCUGUGGCCCUCUCGUUCCGAUUCCUGGACCCACGACUGUUGUUCAUGUCAACGAGAACUGCAAGGUGGUCGAGAUAUCUGCUCAGGAGAAGCAGGAGCUGGAUGAGAUCCUGGAGUCCAUUCAAGUCGUUGGGCAUCGGCAGAUUCCUGGGAUGGAUCACUGGCUCUUAACCUGA